UCUAUUCCCCUUAAUCCGAGUGGCGGUCCCCGUAAUUAUCACCAGAUACGUGUCCUUCUUUCAGCCCAUUCAAUUUUCGGACAGUUCUGUUACGAAAAAAAGUUCAACAUGGUACAUAAGCGGCCUUUUGUUGAGGAGGAUACAUUCAAGGCUCCAUACAAGCAAUCAAGACAAGAAGAAUAUAGUAACCAACGGGUUUUAUCUUCAGAUCCUUUUUUUCCUGAAGAUGCUGCACAGAUUUCUAAUGUUUCAGGUGAGGGCAGAUUCACAAACGCCAAUACCAAGUGUGAUGAGAAGCUUGCUAAUACCAUUGACACUAAACACCUAGAAAACGCUGAGGACUUUGGAGCCAAUUUUCCUGGCUGUAAUGCCAUCUCUUCCCUGGGCACCUAUAGUAUCGGUGAAGAGCAUUCAUGGCCAGAUGAGCCACUUAACAUUCCUUCAUUUGGAGAAUGUUUUAACCCUCAACGCCCAGUAAAGACAUUAGCUCGUUUGGAAGAUAUCUAUUCUAUACUUUUGCAAUGUCCUCCAAGGAAACCAGUUCUUGUUGGACCUAAUUACCAAGCUGAUAUUCCAGAAUGGGACUCACAGGUUGCUAGGAACACUUCUAAUGAUAGUGAUGUAACUGAAACUGCUGCCGGCAGAUGUGAGAAUGAACUGAUGGGAACUUGUAUCAUUCCUAUGCCUGCUUUGGAGUCUUCUGCAUAUGAUGACAACAUAGGAAGUGGCAGAACUAAUUGCAGUUGUGAGGACAAGGGUUCUGUCAGGUGUGUCAGACAGCACAUUCAGGAAGCAAGAGAGGAACUUCGACGGUCUCUUGGGCAUGAGAGAUUUAUGGAGCUUGGUUUCUGUGACAUGGGUGAGCUAGUGGCAGAGAAAUGGAGCGAGGAGGAGGAACAGCUAUUCCACCAAGUUGUAUUCUCUAAUCCAGCAUCCUUGGGGAGGAAUUUCUGGGACAGCCUUGCUUCUGUCUUCCCUUAUCGAACCAAAGAGGAUAUUGUCAGUUAUUACUUCAAUGUAUUUAUGCUGCGGAAGAGGUCUGAGCAGAACAGAUGUGAUUCAAUGAGUAUCAAUAGCGAUAACGAUGAAUGGCAGGGGACUGAUGAUUCUGACAACAAUGAAGUUGAGUUCUCAGAUGAAGAUGAGGACUCUGUUGUUGAAUCACUUCUAUGUCAAGAAGAUUUUGCACAUCAUCAGAGUCUGGAAAAUGGAUUGUGUGUUUUUGAUGAGGAUGCUGCCGAUGAAACUUGUGAUAAUCACAGUACUGAUUUUGGUAGUGGUGUGGAUGUCCUCAAAGUUUCAGAAACAUAUUCUGGAAAGUUGUUUAGCAAAUGUGGUUCUGAUCCCAUAGCUCAGGUGCAUGAGAACACUCUUAAGGAUGCACCAGGAGAACAAGAGGAACGAGAGGUCCAAGAUGACUCAUGCACAUCUUCUGAUACAGGGGCUGCUUCACAAGAACUACAGGUGAAUGCUGACAAUGGCGAUCAGUGGCAAGGUAACUUCAAUGGGCUAAUCAAUGGUAGUAGCCAUGGAUAUGUUUUGGAACCAUGUGAUACUAAAGUUUGGGAUGCUGGAUAUACAACUUGCCAAAAAAAUAAAAUUGACUUGUUACCCACAUGUAGUAUGAUUGAAGAAGUUUUUGGAGAUGGGUCGUGAUAUUACAGAGUUAAAAAAAAAAAAAAAAAGGGUCUUAAUUGUUUUGCAGUGAUGGUGGUAUGAAAAGCGCCUGCCAUCUAAGGUUUACAGUCUGGAUAAACAUAGGAGUUUUCCCUCCGUAGAUUGAAUUCUCAUCAAUGAAUAGAAUUCGAUUUUUCCUUGUACACUCACAUAUAAUAGAAACCUGCCUUCAUUGUAAUAUAGAGAAUUUUAUGUGAUUGGUUUU